AUGGCGGGAAAAUCCUUGCUGGGAGAAACGGAUAAGGUUUUUACAAAAUGUGGCGACAAGGACGGCACCAUCAACCACCACAACCACCUCUUCAACACAGUGAACCACCUCUUUAACACAGUGAACCACCUCUUUAACACACUGAACCACCUCUUCAACACAGUGAACCACCUCUUCAACACAGUGAACCACCUCUUCAACACAGUGAACCACCUCUUCAACACAGUGAACCACCUCUUCAACACAGUGAACCACCUCUUCAACACAGUGAACCACCUCUUCAACACACUGAGCCACCUCUUCAACACACUGAACCACCUCUUCAACACACUGAACCACCUCUUCAACACACUGAACCACCUCUUCAACACACUGAGCCACUUCUUCAACACACUGAACCACCUCUUUAACACACUGAACCACCUCUUCAACACACUGAACCACCUCUUCAACACACUGAACCACCUCUUCAACACAGUGAACCACCUCUUUAACACACUAAACCACUUCUUCAACACAGUGAACCACCUCUUUAACACACUAAACCACUUCUUCAACACACUGAACCAUCUCUUCAACACACUGAACCACCUCUUCAACACACUGAACCACCUCUUCAACACAGUGAACCACCUCUUUAACACACUAAACCACUUCUUCAACACACUGAACCACCUCUUCAACACAGUGAACCACCUCUUCAACACACUGAACCAUCUCUUCAACACACUGAACCACCUCUUCAACACACUAAACCACUUCUUCAACACACUGAACCACCUCUUCAACACACUGAACCACCUCUUCAACACACUGAACCACCAUUAG